AUGCUGCCAGCCACGUCCAAGCUCUGCGCCGCCAUCUCCUACCGCCACCUGCGCAACAUGACCGGUCUGAGGAGACAAGCUGCCGUGGCCAUCAGCCAGGAGCUGAGCAGGCUGGCCAGCCACAGCCCAGGACCCAGCACCUGGAUCCACCAGGUGCGCAGAAGAAGCUCCUUGCUCAGCUCAAGGCUGGAGGAGAAACCCUUCAGCGAGAUGGAAAUGUCUUACAUCAAGCAAGGAGAGGAGGCCCUGCAGAAAUCCCUCAGAAUCCUGGAGGACCAGGACGACUGGAAGACAGAGACGGUGGCGGGAAACGGGGACAAAGUGCUGAGCAAGGUCCUGCCAGACGUGGGGAAGGUGUUCCGGCUGGAGGUGGUGGUGGACCAGCCCCUGGACACGGUGUACGGAGAGCUGGUGGACAACAUGGAGCAGAUGGGAGACUGGAACCCCAACGUCAAAGAAGUCAGGAUCCUGGAGAAGAUUGGCAAGGACACGGUGAUCACCCACGAGAAGGCGGCCGCGAGCCCCGGGAACAUCGUGGGGCCGCGGGACUUUGUGAGCGUGCGCUGCUCCAGGAGACGCGGCUCCACCUGUGUGCUGGCAGGGAUGUCCACCACCUACGGGGCCAUGCCCGAGCAGGAGGGCUUCAUAAGGGCUGAGAAUGGUCCCACCUGCAUGGUCCUGCGCCCGCUGCCUGGCAGCCCCUCCCAGACCAGGCUCACCUGGCUGCUCAGCAUUGAUCUCAAGGGGUGGCUGCCCAAGAGCAUCAUCAACCAGGUCCUGUCCCAGACACAGGUGGACUUCGCCAAACACCUGCGGCAGCGCCUGGCCCGGCCGGUGCCUGUGGCCUGCUGA